AUGCUUCAAGCGCAGCCUCAGCACGUAUUCUCCCACCAGCAUCAAUACGCCCAGGCAGAUCCCUCGUGGAUGCAACAUCAGCAACAGCAGCAACACCACCAGGCUCAGCAGCACCCGCACCAGUCGCAACAGCAGCACGCUUCCUUGGUCGCCGCCCAACAACAUGCCCAAGUACAAGCUGCUGCUGCCGCAGCACAGCAACAACACUAUGGCCGCCUCGCCAUGAACGGUAAUGGUGCUGGAAAUCCCGCGCAGGGAGCCGGUGGCGCCGGCGGUAUGGUCGGAGAUGGUAUGCCAAAUUCGGGCUCUGCCAUGGAUGGUGGAAUUAGCGAGGAGAAUCGCAAGGUCUUCAUCUGGGUCGCCGAAUUGUUAGACCCAACUCGCAGGGAAGCGGCUCUGAUGGAAUUAAGCAAAAAGCGGGAACAAGUCCCCGAACUGGCCUUGGUCAUCUGGCACUCUUUCGGUGUCAUGACUGCGCUUCUUCAAGAGAUUAUCUCGGUAUAUCCGCUCUUGAAUCCUUCCCAGCUCACUGCUGCUGCAUCAAAUCGAGUCUGCAAUGCGCUGGCGCUUUUGCAAUGUGUCGCAUCCCACAAUGAGACCCGCACUCUAUUCUUGAACGCUCACAUCCCUCUUUUCCUCUACCCCUUCCUCAACACCACCUCCAAGUCUCGUCCCUUCGAAUACCUCCGGCUCACGUCGCUAGGCGUUAUCGGCGCCUUGGUGAAGAAUGAUUCGUCCGACGUGAUCAACUUCCUCCUGACUACAGAAAUCAUCCCUCUCUGCCUUCGCAUCAUGGAGACGGGAUCGGAGUUGAGCAAGACCGUUGCUAUCUUUAUCGUGCAGAAAAUUCUUCUCGAUGAUAUUGGCUUAGCCUACAUCUGCGCGACAUAUGAGAGAUUCUACGCCGUGGGUACCGUUCUAAGCAACAUGGUCAACCAAUUAGUAGAGCAACAAACUGUCCGCCUUCUCAAGCAUGUUGUGCGCUGCUUCCUUCGACUAAGCGACAACAGCCGGGCCCGCGAGGCCUUGCGACAAUGUCUCCCCGAACCUCUCCGGGACAUUACGUUCAGCUCUGUCCUCCGCGACGAUGCAGCCACCAAGCGCUGUUUGGCUCAACUCCUUGUCAACCUAUCCGACCCUGCCUCGGAAGGAGUUCCGACAGCCAUGUAA